AUGACCAAAGAUUCAAAAAAACCAACAAAUGAUUUAAAUAAAGUUAAUUCAUCUUCAGCAGCAAUAACUUUUACUGAAAAACCAAAAGUUAAACGUCGAAAAUUAUUUAAUUACGAUGAUAAUAAUAUGGAUGAUUCAAAUGAAUCAACAACACUUGAUCCGGCAGUUGAAUUAGCUGCUUAUUUAAACGAUCCAGUACGGACGAAAUUUUCUGAUUACUGGUUUCAUUCUCAAUUAAAUAUGCUUAAAAAGAUGGUUAUACGUGUAUUCUCAGUCCAGGCAUCAUCAGCACCUAUUGAACGUGCAUUCUCACAUGCAGGACUGAUACUGUCGCAAAGAAGAACAAGCAUGAACGAGCAUUUAUUUCGAGAUUUGGUUUUUUUACGUGUGAAUCAAAAGCUAUUAUAA